GUUUCACUUUAUUCCUCUCGAUGUACCUGGUUGUAGUCUUUAAAGACACAAGGUGUAUUUGAAUGUUGCAGUGAAAAACAGAAAGAGGUCCACGAAUAAAAAGGGUCUUUUGAUUAUUGGUUGAGAAUCUUACAGACGGUGUCGACUUUUCAGCAGGUGGGCGUGUUCGUUAGAAAGCGCCUUCCCUUCCACCUGAGUGAUCGCGCAUGCGCAGCUCUCCUUUUCCCUUUCUUUUGCAGGAAUGCACACACGCACGCACGCACGCACUUGCAGCCGGUGUCAGUGUGUGUGUCACUGUGUGUGUGUGUGUGUGUGUGUGUGUGUCGGUUGCAUACCGUGCAGUGCCUGUGGAUGCCAACCGGAGUCAAACGGGAUUAGUAACCCUUUCUUUUUCGGUACAUUUGGACGUUUUUUAUCAGGGGUUUGGUUCAGGAGAAUCCGCACAGCUGGAGCCGUUCACUCCGGCCUCUCAGCAGAUUGUACCCAGUCUCGGUGCUCUCUCAGCGGGCUCUCCGUCCUCAUGCUGACCCUCAAGUGAUGUCCCGCCUCCAUCAUCGUCACCACGACCGUCGCCAUGGUCACGUAUCACCACGGUGACCGGACGACUGACGACCCCUCUCUGCCCUCGUCCGAGCGGCUGCGAGGAUGCACGUGAUGGGCAGCGUGUCCCCGGCCAAUGAGAGGGAGGGAUUCGUCCUGCAGGAUGGAGCCAGAUUUUCUGAUGGCGAGGGAAACCAGACUGUACCGCCUCCCCCUCAUCCUCCUCCUCCCCCCCCACCUCCUCCUCCCCCUCCCCUACCGCCCCCUCCGCCCCUGCUUCCAGGGCUGGGAGACCCUGCAGGAGGCCUGAAGAAGAAGAAGAGGGUCAGGAGUUUCUUCUGGAAAACCAUACCAGAGGAUCAGGUGAAAGGGCGGUCCAACCUGUGGACUCAGCGCCGGGUGCAGCAGCAGUACCAGAUCGACGUGCAAACCAUCGAGGAGCUGUUUGGUCAGAGCGACCGUCAAUCAAACGGAAAGGACCCACCCACCAGGGGCGGGAGGACCAGGGGCUCCUUCAGGGAGGCCAGAGAGGAGGUCUCCAUUCUGGACUCAAAGAGAGGGAUGAACAUCGGGAUUUUCCUCAAACAGUUCAAGAGGACCAAUCAGGCGGUAGUGGAGGACAUUCGCCAUGGUAACAGUGAGCGUCUGGGGGCGGGGCCUCUCAGGGAGCUGCUGAAGCUGCUGCCGGAGAAAGAGGAGGUGGAGAAGCUCCGGGGUUACCACGGCGACGUAUCUAAGCUCUCAUUGGCCGAUUCCUUCGUGCACCUGCUGAUACAGCUGCCCAGUUACUCGGUGCGCAUCGAGUCCAUGCUGCUGAAGGAGGAGUUCCCUGCAGCCUGUGAAGCCAUGAGGAGAGACGUGAGGAUCCUCCGCUCUGCAGCCAGAGAGUUGAUGUGUUGUGAGGAGCUGCAUGCUGUGCUGCACCUGGUGCUGCAGGCCGGAAACCUCCUGAACGCUGGAGGUUAUGCAGGGAACGCUGUGGGCUUCAAGCUGUCGUCCCUUCUGUCUCUGGCCGACACCAAAGCCAACAAACCGGGCAUGAACCUGCUGCACUUUGUGGCUCUGGAGGCUCAGAAGAUAGACUCAAAGCUGUUGGAGUUUCCUCAGAAGUUGAUCCACGUCCAGCCUUCAGCCAGGAUCUCGUUGGAGACGCUGGACGCUGAGCUGCAGUAUCAGACGUCUCGGACUCGAUCUGUGGAGGAGAACAUCCAGAGAGACACACACCUGCUGCAGCAACUGGACAGCUUCCUGCAGUCAGCCACCUCCUCCCUGUGCUCCCUGCGGCUCAGUCGUGAGCAGCUGAAGCAGGAGGGCAGCGACCUGCUGGAUUUCUUCUGUGAGGACAGGGAGACGUUCCGGCUGGACGACUGCUUCAACAUCUUCAACUCCUUCUGCUGCCGCUUCACGCAGGCGGCCAAGGAGAACGCAGAGCGGGAGGCGAAGGAGGCUUCGCGAAGUCGGCGUCUGCAGGAGCUGGAGGAGCAGAAGAGGCAUUCGUGGGCCGGGGGGGAGGAGGUCGGGGGAGCGUUCGGUUUGCGCUGCAGCAGCGAGACCGACAUGUCCGCCGCCGCGUUGCGCCGCGACGACGCCGGACUGCUAUUGGAGCUCCUGACCCCAAGGUCCCGCCCCCGCUCGCCCCUCAAUAACUCCUUCAAUCCUCUGGGCCGAUCAGGAAGCUUACAACGUUCCAGAAAGUCUCCAUCCAGCUUGUCUUUUCUCACUGCGGACCGCGAGCUGAGCACGCUCCUGGGGAGGAACAAAGCUUUUCCAUCGGCCUCCCCAGAAAUCAGAAGUCCAGGACCCUCCAUUAAGACAUGCAACUUACCCCAAAACCAGCAGCCUCAAGCGGGAACACCGCAAACCGCCUCCUCGCCUCCCAAAAGUGCACAAAACGCCAACCAUACAACUGCCAGUUACCUCAGCUUUGAUGCUACGCAGACUCGAGUGAACCAAGUAGAAACUACCUCUGAUCCGAGCCCGCAGUCCGACCACAACAACAACAACGGCAAACAUCGACAAGACUUUGGGCCGCAUUCGGACUGUCGUGCCGGUUCUAAAGGGGAACCAGCGAAGCAGGAGCUGGAUUUUCCUGAUCGCAGUGACGAGAAGUUUGAUCGAUCGAUGGGAAACAUGUCCGUGGUUUUAGAGAAAUGCAAACUGGUGCCUGAACUGAGAGGGUUCGACUCGAGUCGAGUCCAGGAGGAUGUGAUUCCAGACAACAAUAAGAACCCCCAGAAAUCUGAAGGUUCUUCGUCACAAAGAGAGGAAGAGGCGGGCCGGGAGGGUAAGGGGGUGGUGUGGUGCGUGACCGGGGUCUGCGAGGCAGCCGAGGAUCCAACGAAUGCCGACAACGCACAAACAGAUCAAUGUGGAAGCGACAAGCAACCCACUUCUGACCCCGCCAAUCGAAUGCCUUCGGAAGCUCAGUCAGCCAAUGAGAAGCCAGUGCCUGAACCCAUCAGCAGCCAACCGGUGCCUGCCUCACAUCCGGCCUCUUCCCCCAGGUGGCGCCCAGUGGAUAGCGCCAAUAAAGUGCCUGAAGUGGGCAACGACAAGAGAAAAGUGAAGUCAGUGAAGGGUGAACUGGGGAACUCGUCCACUAAGAACCUCCCUACCUCUAAGACUCGUCCAACCGGAAAAAAACAAACCGCCGACAAAUCCAACCCGGUGCGCACCCUGACCAACUCGGAGAACUUCAGCAUGAGGCGCGUUGUUCCAAUCAUCCGGACCAAACGCCAAGAGAAACCAUCCGGUGUAACCAUCCUCAAAAGCUCCUCCUCCUUCCGGAAACCAUCGACUGCGCCUUCGUCGCGCCGCCCGAGCGUUGACCAGAAAGACCAGAAAGUUUCCCGAGACCAGAACCAGGACUUGCAGAGGAAACCGUCGAUCAGAAAGCCGAUGGCGAAACCCAGAGCACCGCCGGAGGAGAAGAUAUGUCGCUCCACUCUUCGGGCGCUCUCUCAAGCAAGUGGCAGCAUCAGCGCUCCGGUCACUCCUUCGCACAAACCCGCCACUCCUUCGUCGUCGCCGCUUCCUGGAUUCGCUCGAAACACCGCCGCCUCUUCCUUCAGACAAACCCCGCCUCCUCAGUCGCCCUCGUCUUUCUCUAGAACGGGUUCUCUAAGAGUCAGCGCCACCUCGGCAUCCUCCGAUUCCCUCAAACCGUCCUCCCCUUUGAGGAGGACUCAGAGCAUCAGGGCGCCGCCCGCUCGCUCUCCAAUCCACGACCCGGCAGCUCCCCCUAAAGGCCACCGGAGGAACGACAGCGGCACCUUUUCCGAGAAGUCCACACACUCCAGAGACUCGGGGAAACCCAGCCGGCCGACUUGGAGAUAACAUAUGCUGACAGACAAACCAGAAGUGGCUUUGUUUACACGCACAGUAAUAUUCCAAUUAUUUACCUAAACAACAAUAUUCAGAAGAAGACGCAAAAUGCUUUUUCCCCAAAAGGUGGAUAGGGUCAAAAAUAAACGUAUAGAAAUCAGCAUGAAACUUCCCCGGUUGGUUUUUAUCAUUAAGACAAUCAUCUUUUGUAUGACAAGUUUUCUGAAAUGUGAUAUUUGAAUAUGCAAAUGAGGCAUUCACUCAUGAAAUUUGGGCUUUUUGCAGAACAGAAAUGUGAACAUCGGGUUCAAAAUUCUUGUUUCAUUUGGUCUAAAUAUCAGAGUCAAAGGUUUUUACUGAGGGAAGCUCUUUGGAUCACUCAGAAGUCUUUUUCUGCAUGUUUUAGGGAUAAAGUGAGAUGAGUGUGUGAGUGGUGUAUGAGCGAUGGCUUCUGUAAAGAUCUUCACAAUACAGAGUGGAGUGGAUUUCUGCAGAGAGAGGAGAAGAUCUGUUUUGGAGAAAGGAAAUAGAAGGUGAAGAAAUUUAAGGUUGAAAGUUUGAGAGAGAAAAAGUCUUAUAAAUCGGACAAAUGUUUAGAUAUUUAGGCCAAAUUUAAGUUAAUUUCAUAGAAAAAGUUGUAAUAUUUGGUCUUAAAAAUAGUUUGUAAAGAUUCAAAGGGAAGUCAGACAUUACAGAUGAAGAAAUCGUGAUGUUUUAUGAAAGAAUAGUCAAAAUAAUUCAAAAAUAGGGAUACAAUCUGGUAUAUUUUGUGCAUGCCUCUCCUCCUUUCCUUGGUUGCAUCCAAUAUGAAGCACAAACACCAAUAAUGCUGCAUAAAUUGUCCUUUUUUUUUACAACAAUUAAUCCAAAGUAACCAGCCACAUAACCGGUCAUGUAUGAGGAAUAUUAAGGAAUAAAUGUCUGCAUCCUUAAAUGUAUAAUGAGAUUAAGAACCUGUCACUCCUGCAGUGUUUCUGGUGAACGACGUGACUGAAUCCCAGCUCUGUUUCUCCUCCUGAUUAAAAACCCUUUAUUUUAACGUCUUAAACCUUGAUUCUGCACGAACCCGGCUCAGAAAUCCCUGUAAAUGUGGCCUGAUUUAAAUAGAAAGUGUAAUAUUUUAUUUUAAAUGAAAUUGAAAUGCUAAAAAUCACUGAAAAUCAUGAAUUUAUACCAACAGUGUCUGGGAUAUGUGCCAAGUUUGUUUAUAUGAUGAUAUUUGUAUGUUUAUGUACCUAUUUAUGUAUGUAUGAAGCUGAAAUAUAUAUAAAUAUAUAAUCUAUCUGCUAAUUAAUAAAGUAUUAUUCCUUAAA